GUCUCUUCGCAGGUGCCGCUGGGCAGCUAGAGUCCUGCAUCCCGGUGGAAUCCGGAGAAGUGAGAACAUUCCCGCCGCCCGGUCCUCAUUCCCAUCUUCACACCUGUCCAGUCCCCUCGCACUCCCGCUGCACCCCACGCGCCGGGCUUCCGUCAGAGAGUGCACUGAGGAAGAGCGGAGACCCCCUCUUCCCCUCAGCGCCUCAGCGGGCUGUGCCGGGGGAGGCGGGGUCCACCUCCCGCCCCCCGCCGUCGCUCUCCCCGCCUCCCCUUCCCUCCCCUCCUGGCGGGUGUGGGGCCGGUGUCCGAAGCCAGGCGGCGGCCCCCGCAGCGGCCGCAGGAGGGGCGGCUGCGGUGGGCGCCGCGGGCGAUGCCCCUGCCCGGCUGCUCCGGCGGGGGGCAGUGCGAGCGGCGGCGGCGGGGGAGGAGGCGGGGGGCGGCGGCUGCGGCGGCUGCAGCAGAGGGGCCGAGAGCUGGCGGUGGCGGCGGCGGUGGUCGUGAAGGGCAUCGGCGGCGGCGGUGAUGGCAGAGAUGAUCUGAAGAUGGAAAGAGCCAGGCGAAGGGGAGGCGGCGGCGGCCGCGGCCGCGGAGGCAAGAAUGUAGGGGGCUCUGGCCUAAGCAAGAGUAGACUCUAUCCCCAGGCCCAGCACUCCCACUACCCCCACUACGCGGCCUCAGCCACCCCUAAUCAGGCCGGGGGUGCAGCCGAAAUCCAGGAGCUGGCCUCCAAACGGGUGGACAUCCAGAAAAAGAGGUUUUACCUAGACGUGAAGCAAAGCUCCCGGGGCCGCUUCCUAAAGAUAGCCGAAGUCUGGAUAGGGAGAGGCCGGCAGGACAACAUCAGAAAGAGUAAACUGACCCUCUCCCUGUCUGUGGCAGCGGAGCUGAAGGACUGUCUAGGGGACUUCAUCGAGCACUAUGCCCACCUGGGCCUGAAAGGCCACCGGCAAGAGCACGGCCACAGCAAAGAGCAAGGCUCCAGAAGGAGGCAGAAGCACUCGGCACCCUCCCCACCAGUCUCGGUGGGGUCCGAAGAGCAUCCUCACAGUGUCCUGAAAACAGACUAUAUCGAGAGGGACAAUAGGAAAUAUUACCUAGACCUAAAGGAAAAUCAGCGGGGUCGCUUCCUACGGAUUAGACAAACCAUGAUGCGGGGGACUGGCAUGAUAGGUUAUUUUGGCCACAGUUUGGGCCAAGAACAGACUAUUGUCCUCCCAGCACAAGGAAUGAUUGAGUUUCGUGAUGCCUUGGUUCAGCUGAUUGAAGACUAUGGCGAAGGAGACAUAGAAGAACGAAGAGGUGGAGACGAUGACCCGCUUGAACUCCCAGAGGGGACUUCUUUCAGAGUGGACAAUAAAAGGUUCUACUUUGAUGUGGGCUCUAAUAAAUAUGGAAUUUUCCUGAAGCUCACAAAUUACCCCAAAUCCAGAGAGAAUAUCAACCUUUUUCACUGUUGUCAAAUCAAGCAUAAGGAACAGCCCCAUGAUACUACAAAAACAGUUGAGGAAUAAGGAAUAAAUCUCUUAUGUUACGCCUCAGAAUAAAGGCAUUCGGUGAAAGAAAUGAACUGAAGUUCAUCGUGAAUGCAAGGCCUCAGUACUUGACAUUCCUCCACGGAAGGGAAGACAAGUAUCAACACCACUGGCAUCAUUUCCAAACUGAUCUUAUGUUGAAUAAUUUCCACCACAUUGAAGUACCUUUCGACUCUAUCCAGUUUUUGGGUUUUGUUUUUUUUUAAUUCAUCAAGCCUUUCGUUUUCAAACCACCAUUUGUCAGCCUUGAGGUAGAGAGACAUAUAGAUUUGAAAAUACUUUCUUAAGAGAUCAUGUAACUAUAUAACUCUGAAUUUAAAAAUUGAGGGGGGAGGGAUAAUUUCAACCCACUGCCUCUUACCAGAAACAUUUUUUUAAAUCUGUAACUGCUUUAGUGUUAACAGGGUGCAAGGUGGUUUUUGUCCCGUAUUGUUCUUAAAAGGUUCUCAUUUAUUGUGAUUGUAUUGUACUGUAUGAGAACAAAUCAUAAAUUGCCUUGUAUUGUUUAUAAUCGACCAUACCACGUACUACUUCAGUUUUUAUGUUCCAAGUUUUUCAGUGAUGCAUGUUAACAGUUAGGUCCUAAAAUUCUGUGGUGCUAAUUCUCCCAUACCCAAUGGUGCUUUUGUGGAUGCUAACUGCACACAUGCUGAACAAAGCUUGAAGUUUAAAACUUUCCUCCCUUCCUCUGUUUAUAUGAAGUAAAAUGAAAUAACUUGAAUUUGUCUCAAAGUAUCACUGACAAUCUAAUAAACUUGUUUAUAUGUGUGA